UCGGCAGCCGCUAGCGAGUGUUUAGUGUUCAGUUUGCGCACACUGCCCGAGUUUAUACGAGGUUGAUUGUGUUUCGUUUUGACGCAUAAUAAUCCGUGGUGUUUCUGCGGCUUAUGAUCGAUUUGCAUAAUCUAUUUUCAUAAACACACAUAAUUUUCUUUGCGAUUUCAGUGCGCCGCAGUUAUUAUGAAAGUGAUACAUUUUAACAUCGAUCAUAACCAUGAGCUUAGGCACAUACGAGUAGCUAUAUAGUGAGGAAUUGCCACACCAAAAUAUAAAAUGUAAGAUUCGUGUAGUAUUUGGGAUCACUAUGUUUAUAAAUGUGUGUGAAAUUAACGGAAAAAAAUCAUCAUAAACUAUGACUUAAGUUAUCGUGUAAAAUGACAUCACAAUAAUUAUUUUUGAAAGUAGGUAGAUAUAAAAUUGUCAGAAUGCCUUCACAAAGCCAAGAAAUAAAUAUUGAUAUAAACUCUAAUGAGGAUUCGUCUUCCAUAAGUGAACCGAAGGAUGACAGAAACCAGGAAGUUAAAUAUGUGGCUACAGAGAAUGUUGGAAGCAUUGCUCCAGUGGGCCUUAGUUCCGACCAAAAGCUGGCAUUUGCCUUAAGAGAUUUCUUGGGACCUUCUAGCAUGGUACCCUCUGAUGAUACACCAUCUCCGUCCAUCACCGAGCAAAAGCUGCCUUAUAUAGAUGAAGUUUUAGGUGCUGAUCUUGCGAAUUCCGACGAAGAGCUUAAAACGUGUCAGGAGACCGAGGAAGUUUUAAAUAACGCGGCAUGCAGGUUGAGACGAUGGCGUGCAGCAUCUCGAAAGCUUCGAAGACCUCGUAUAAUCGAUAACCUGUGUAGUAGUAAAGAGUGUGGUAGUGGAAAGGCUUUUAGUGGUGGUCAUACGGAUUUAGCUGACCGUUUGAGAAGUUUGGAGGCAGCCGGCGGCAUGUCAGCAUCGGCUGGGGAGCUGAUGUCCUUGGCGCCACCACCUCCUGCUGCCACUGCCCCAUCUUCACCAGGAUGCUUGCUCAUACCAACUCUUGCUGACCAGAGUUCUGCUGAAUAUUUUGGGUCAAGUCCUGAGUGCUGUAUAGAUGUUAUCGGGACCAAAGUAACAAACUCGUCUGGUACGCCCGUGCCACCCCCGGGACCGAGGUACAAGUUGGCUACAGAAGGGACUUUGAGAAUAUGUUCCUUUCAACAUACAAGGACGGUGGUUGACAAAAUCCUAGCAGCCAAAUUUUUCAGGAGAUGGGAGAGCCACGUUCUGUGUUUACUGGACGACCACAUCCUCUCAAAAACUCCUUGCGGUCAAAUGGAACGACCAUUGACGUACAACUGCAUGCAGGAAGUAUACUGUAUAUCGAGAUGGGAUCCCGCCAGAAAGUACUGUCUGCGAAUUGUAAUGCCUCAUGGAUCGUUAUUAUUACAGGCUAACGAUGCAUACACAAGGGACCAGUGGUACUACUCAAUAGUGUGGAGGAGAAACAUGCUGCGUUACCGUAAUAUAUUAACAAAAUCUGUGAGGAAGGAAUUAGUAGUAAAAGAGUUAAAGAACAUGGUGGAUUUCGUGAUGACUACACCCUUGCAGGAUGAGAGUGUGACGAGGACACCCUUGUCGCUGCUAACUAAUUUACUCUCUGAGAACAAUGACAGUCCUGACUGGGAGGAAUGGGCUGAAACAACAACAAGCGUGGCUGCACCACUUUUAGCAGAGAGAGGUGUCAACGGUGAGCUGUGUGCCCUGCUCGCGCGGUUAUGUAGACGCAGACCUCGGUCUGCUCCUUUACCAGCACUGGCACCGCCUGUUAGGCGCGUGCUAACUAGAAACGUUGAUUUCGGAAAGGCACCUCAUGCACGACAGUUCGUUAGAGACUAUAUAAGUGCCUUAAGCGCUCAUAACUCUGGACCUAGCUUAGUUCGACGCUUUGUGGAGGUCACACAUGGAAAUCGUGCCACGUGUCCCCAUCCUAGAGCUGCUCCCAACUUGGCAGCAGUGGUCUUGGCAGCUAUUGACGAUCACUACAGGAAUUACACCACACCCCACCAGUGCGAUGAUACUGAAUACGACGUACUAUGCUUUGCGGAUAUCUUGGAGCACAUGUGCGAGUACGAAGACUGGCUGACAAUAGUAGGUGGAGUGUUACAGCCUGUUCCUAUACGAGCUAGUGCCAUGGCGUGUCCACGAGUUGCAUUCCGCUUGGGAAAUGUACUGAAUGCAUUAUCUCGGGAUCAGCGUUGCUCUGUACACAGUUGUGUGGCAUCUGCCCGAGCUGCUCGACCCUGCCCGCCGUCUUGGUUGCGAGCCGCGGCACCUUCAGAACCAAUUUUGUCAUUGCCACAUGCGAAGCUGUGUCGAGUUUGGGGAGAUAUGGUACAAGCUUUACUAAAUUGUUGCUGCAAAAGAAAAAGCUUCCUGCAAAGUAUGAGUAAACAAUUGCCGGACUUCAUGAUAGUUGCCUUGACUGAACACCCGGCAGCUCUAGAAGCUUUAUGCUUGAUGCUCGAAUGGGAGGUGGCCAGCGGGGAACAAACUCAAUUGGAGAUUAUUGCUGCCUUACAGGGAACUGAACUAGGAAAGCAGUAUUAUACAGAUCUAUGUGAAAGACAGAAAACAUUGCAACGACUUCAAGCACAUGGAGGUCCGAAACGGUUAGCCUUGCCAGUGCGUGCGACAGAUGAAGAUGUAGCUGCAUUACUGGAAGCAGGAGCUCUUGGGAACCUUGAAUGUUUGAGCCUUGCAUUUACUAGCGUCACCAGCGCUUGCGCACAUCAUUUAAUAAAGCUACCAUCACUUCGCUACCUUAACCUAUGGGCAACAAAGUUCGGAGAUAGUGGCGUUCAACUGAUUGCGGAACAUUUGCCGCGCCUGCAAGUCCUCAACCUAUGCGAAACUCCCGUCUCCGAUAAGGGCAUAGAGGCAUUAUCAGGUCUAUCCAGUCUUAGAAGAAUAAAUCUUAACAGCACCAAACUAUCUGCCGAAGCCUUCGAUACUCUACGUCAAAGGUUACCCCAGCUUCAAGAAUAUGACGUUCGCUAUACUGAGGCUUGGUGACGAAAUAACUUUUCAUAAGUUAAUAUAGUACCCACAGGUUUUUAUCAAGGUACAAAUAAGUGUCUCGUCAGAAAUCCAUGUGCCAUGACAACAUUUAACAUAAUUAUUUACGACUUCGAAAUUUUUGUUUUUUGCAACUGUAUAUAUUUAAAUAAUAAUUCAUAAUAGAAAUCUCCUAAAGUCCGAAAUCCUUUGAAGUCGGUUAAUAAAAUUGUUAUUUCAAACGCAAUGGUUCCUAUAGAUAUAGAACGUGUUCCAACACUAUUCCGCCCUUUACAUUUAAUAUAAUCAAACUGAUAUAUAAUGUCAUAAUCUGUCAAAUUAUUUUGCAAAUUUUGAUAGGACUUGAGACAAUUUUGUGACAUCAAAUAAGUGUUGGAAUAUGAUCCUUUCAGCGAGACGAAUUUGGAAUACCUAAUAUAUCAACAUUAAAUUAAAUGCAUUUAUUACAAAACCUUUCCUGAUCUAUAAAUUUCUUUAUAUAUUAAGUUUUAUUCCUAAGAAUAUACUACUAUAGUUAUUAGGAUUCUUUACCGAUUAAGUAUUAUAGUAUUAAAAUAAAUGUAUGCCAGACUUAUCUCGAAUUUAUUCUACAUACUGCAUUUGUACAUUACAGGUAUUAUGUAAAUCAAAAUUCUUUAAAAUAACAAACUUUCUGGUCCCCCUUUUUAUUUGACAAUUAAGAAAUCUGACUGCGUGUUGUCGAAACGGUUUUAAUAAAGAUGAAAAUAUUUUGUUGAUACUCAUUGGCAUAAUACUCAAAUACUAUAUUGAGUAUUAUGCCAACUUGAAUCUCUAUAAUACAUUUUCGGUAAAAAGAUUGGUUAUCACAAAAUUUAAAUCAACUUUAACUGCUAAUAUAUUCAGGUUCUUCUUAAAAAUGAAAAUUAAAUAAGAAUAAUUUAAUAAUGAUAAAUGUUGGUGCGAUCAUUAUAUUGAGAUAUCAUUUAAAUAAUUAGGACUAAAGUCAGGUUUAACUUCAAAUUAAGGGUAUUAAAACUAGAAUUGGUAAAAAUCGGAUACAGAGUAAUGAAUUUUAACACCAACUGCCAUUUGGUAGAAAAAAUUGUCCUAACAAGUAUUAUUUUAGAUAUAGGUAGUUGUUAUGUUAGGCUGUGAGACCUGAUGAAAAUUUGUAUGAUUGAGAUACUGCGAAUGUGUUCUCGUAUGUUAAGUCGAUAGAGCUCUCCCGCCGUUUUAGAUAAAAACCGGCAAAAUGCUUACGUUGCUACAUCAUUUUUUAACAUACACACAUUACUGCUAUGAAUGUAAUUCAUUUUGACAUGUAAUUGUUACUGAUUGCUAUUGAAUGAGAGUUUAAUAAACAAACUACAUUUUUUUUUCUACUAGUACAAGAUGCUUAUUGAGUUAUUCUUUAAAAAUUGCGCAUUUCCAUUGAUUCAAAAAGCCAAUGAAUAUUAUCCAUCUGGUUAUAUUAGGUACCUGCCUAGAAGCUCCAGUUAGCUGCUGUGAUAUUUGACUUGGAUACCCAAUUGCUAUUAUUUCUAUAAUCAGCUUCAACCACGUAUUUCUUGGUCUUUUGUAUCAUUCCCAUUUUCGAAGUCAGUUCAUAUUAUCAAAGUAGUUGUUACAAUCUGAUAUCGUACAUUUAUGGUCCUGCAGGUAAAAUUGUAAAUAUAUAAAGGUUUUGCUGUUAGACCACGACUAUAAGCAUAUUCUGUCACGUAAUGUAAGAAAUCUUGUGGAUGCACUUUGUCAGAUUAUUAACUGUUUUUUUUAACACAAUCUACUUAGUCAUCAAGAUGCGAGGCCUAAUUAUGAGAUCACACAACAAAAAAUUAAAUGAGCUUGUGAAAUAUUUCGAACAAGUGUGACAUCUUAAUGAACAUUGUUUAUUAAGUUGACGUCAGAGAGUUUAAAAUCUAAUCAUUCAUUGAAGAUCUAAUACAAAUAUUAGAAAAUUUUGUUUAUUCAUGAUCUACGCAAUAGUUAAUCCCUGUUCUUGUACAUUACACGUUUCGUAGAUUUAAUGAAGAGGUUAAGACUUGUUCAGCGUUGUAAGUAUACGUUUGUAAUAAAACAUAUUAAUGGAA